AGGAAUAGAGACGUCAGCCACCUAACAGUGGUAAGAGUUUUUACUUUUUGAAUUUUGUCGUUAUUGCAGAGGACCAUCGAUACGUGCAUAUUACAUAUCGCCACCUGAAAUGCAAAAAGCCGUAACUAACAAUAAUUAUUAUACAUAAAACAAAUUGCAUUUCUUUUAAUGUUAUUCAAUGAAAUUUUUUAAUGUUCAAAAUUGGGCAUCUUAUAUUUUCAGUGGUGAUGUAGAGAUUACUUUGGAACUACUGAACGAAUUAGACAAACUGGUCCAACUUAUUGAAUCACCGAUUUUUGCGCCCUUACGCCUAACUUUAGUAUCGAAAGCAAAUAACUGUGCAGAUGCGCAGCACUUAGCACACGCGCUAUUUGGAAUUCUUAUGCUUUUGCCUCAGACAGAUGCUUUCAACUUAUUAAAGAAUCGUUUGCAAUGUGUACCAAAUUAUUGGGGUCAAACGCCGAUCGAGGAAAGAAAUUCCCUGCAGUAUAAAAGCAACAUUAAAUUUGAAGAUCUGCUACAGCAUUUUAAGAAAGUCCAAAAAUGUCAGCGCGCGUUACGAAUUCAACAGAGACGAAAUAUUAUCCUACCUGAAGAGAAUUAACACAAAUAUAUUAAUAUGUAUGCACAUAGAUAUAGUAAAUUUAUUACUCCUUAAGAUAAUACUUUUAUAAAACAUAUACUUAUACAAUAUAAAUAUUGUACGUACAUGUGUACAUUAGCGUGGUCCAAAAACGCGUGUGAAAAAGUAAGGUCGGAAUUUUAUGCUCUCAUCCCCUAGGA